UAAUAAUAAUAACCCAGAAAAUAACCAACCUAAUUCUGAGACCCUAGAUGAAGACUUACCUUCUGAAAACUCUGAGUCUGAUCGACUAGACCCUAAUCCUCAAGAUUUCAAAUCUUAUUAUCAGCCCUCAACUGAUUUCAACUUUUAG